AUGGAAGAGACGCUUUGCUUGGACCCAGAUGGAGACGUGAUUCUCAUCUUGCGGAACCCAAAUGCGACUUUUGCCGCUUGGGAGGAAAGACAGGACUAUAUGCCGCUUCCACUUGUGCCAGUGAGACGAGAAUCUCCAUCUCCAGUAGAGACGUCAUACAAGAAGUCAAAGGGAAAGAAAGCGAAGUCCAUGUUCACAUUUGCUGAACCUGAACCAGAUAUUGUCGAAGCAUUUGAAAUCCCAGAGCCCCAGGCCGAGGCUUCUGAAGCUGUUGAAUUUCAGGCUGAUCUUGAUCAUGAUCGUGAGCCGGCCAACGUAGAAUCUCCGGAAGCUCUGGAGCUUGAUACUUCAAUUGACUACGUGCAGCCAUCCAGAAAGGCAGAUGUGCGGUUGCAAGUCUCCUCGCGCCAUUUGAUUCUAGCGUCAACCUAUUUCAAGCGAAUGUUUCGAAAUGAUUGGAAAGAAACUUGUUCUGCCGAUGGCCUUUUCGAAAUCUUUACGGAGAACUGGGACAGCGAUGCUUUGUUAAUCUUGAUGAACAUCAUCCAUGGUCAUACACAAAAUGUGAAACGCACUAUCAGCCUCGAGAUGCUCGCCAAACUCGCGGUUCUUGUGGAUUAUUAUCAGUGCGCUGAAGUAGUCGAAAUAUUUUCAGAAAUCUGGAUCAAUCAAUUGAAUACGAACCUCCAUGCAACAUACUCCAGGGACCUCAUUCUGUGGAUAUGUAUAUCCUGGGUUUUCCGCCAACCAUACCAGUUUAAAGCAGCUACAUACACUGCCUUGAAGCAAAGCCAAGGACCUAUUCGAACGCUGGGACUUCCAAUCCCAGAAAUAAUAGUUGAGAAGAUCAAUCAAGAGAGGCUACAAUCCAUCGAUCAGAUUAUUUCAGCACUUCACAAACUUCUUGAUGAUUUCUACGAACGCCGAAAACUAUACUCGUUCGAGUGCAACUCAAUACUUCUUGGCGCUCUUACUACAGAGAUGCGUGCGCGAGGUCUCUUUUCUCCGCGACCAACAAUACCCUUUUUGGGCUUUAGUCUUGCAACGACCAUGGCAAGUGUUCGCGGUAUCCGAUCCCCAAGAUGGCACAUGAAGCGUAAUUCCCCCUUUGGUCCAGAAGUUGAUGCGAUUGAUUGCAGCCUUGAACCGCUUAUCUACCCAAUCGUCGAUGGCGUAGAGAAGAGUAUGAAUGGCCUAGCGCUGGAAGAUUUUCUUGGUUAA